AUGGAGGCAGAGGCGACGCCCGCGGUAAAGCGCCUGGGGCUUCAACAAGACGACCCAAGAAUCAUCCCCGGCCCCGCGCCGUGCGUGACCUUCAGCGGCGACUAUGAGGGCGUGGCGGUGCACGUGGUGUGGACGGGGCGCGACGCCAAGCACGGCGUCGACCUCGUCGGGACAGUGCCAGCCAGCCUGGCCACCUACCUUGCUUUGCAGGCAUGGCCGGACGCGGAUCUGGUGAUCAGCUCGGGCACUGCUGGUGGCUUCAAGGCACAGGGAGCCGCCAUUGGUGAUGUGUUCGUGUCGACCGGCAAGCUGCACCACGACCGCCGCAUCCCCCUGCCCGGAUUUGACAAGUACGGCAUCGGCUUCAUAGAGAGCCUGCCCACCCCCAACCUCCAGGCCGCCCUAGGCCUCAAGGCGGGCGUCGUCAGCACGGGCGACUCACUGGACUACACUGACAAGGACAUGGCGGUGAUGCUGGACCACAGCGUCGCUGUGAAGGAGAUGGAGGCGGGCUCGGUGGCCUGGGCGGCGCAGCUAUUCGGCAAGCCCCUGCUGUGCAUCAAGGCGGUGCUGCCGCGGGUGCUGGAGUUUCUGGGCGGCAGGGGCGUGCAGGAUCUGUGA